ACUCCCCGGACGCACGCAGGCCUUGAGCCCCCCAGCUUCCGUGCCCCCUCAGCCCUGAAACUUGGAGCAGGGUAGGGGUCCAGCAUGAAGCCCCCGGACCGCCCCGCCCCUGGCCGCACUGACCGGAUACUGGGGGUCAUGGGGGGCAUGCUGCGCGCAUGCGCCCUACCUGGGCAGGCGGGGCCCCCGAAGAGAAGCCACCUAGGGCCAGGAGGGACCGAGCCACAGUCUGACUGUACCGAGGGGCAUCAGAAAGGGGAGCGCGAACGUGAGGUUCCCGCCUGGGCUCCGCUGCCCGAAUCCUAUUCCAUUGCUGGCAGUGAGGGGAGUAUCUCAGCUUCAGCUGCUUCGGGUCUGGCUGCCCUCUCUGGCCCCAGCUCUGGCCUCAGCUCUGGCCCCUGUUCCCCGGGCCCCCCAGGGCCAGUCAGUGGCCUGAGAAGAUGGUUGGGUCAUUCCAAACAUUGUCUCAGUGUGGAAACUGAGGCAGACGGUGGCCAGGCUGGACCAUAUGAGAACUGGAUGCUGGAACCAGCUCUAGCCACUGGAGAGGAGCUGCCAGAACUGACCCUGCUGACCACAUUGUUGGAGGGCCCUGGAGAUAAGACACAGCCACCUGAGGAGGAGACCCUAUCACAGGCCCCUGAGAGUGAGGAGGAACAGAAGAAGAAGGCUCUGGAAAGGAGUAUGUAUGUCUUGAGUGAACUGGUAGAGACAGAGAAAAUGUAUGUGGACGACUUGGGGCAGAUUGUGGAGGGUUACAUGGCCACCAUGGCCGCUCAGGGGGUCCCAGAGAGUCUUCGAGGCCGUGACAGGAUUGUGUUUGGGAACAUCCAGCAAAUCUAUGAGUGGCAUCGAGACUAUUUCCUGCAGGAGCUGCAGCGGUGUUUGAAGGAUCCUGAUUGGCUGGCUCAGCUAUUCAUCAAACACGAGCGCAGGCUGCAUAUGUACGUGGUGUACUGCCAGAAUAAGCCCAAGUCCGAGCACGUGGUGUCAGAGUUUGGGGACAGCUACUUUGAGGAACUCCGGCAGCAGCUAGGGCACCGCCUGCAGCUCAAUGACCUCCUCAUCAAACCAGUGCAGAGGAUCAUGAAAUACCAGCUGUUGCUCAAGGAUUUUCUCAAAUAUUACAGUAGAGCUGGGAUGGAUACUGAAGAGCUGGAGCAAGCUGUGGAGGUCAUGUGCUUUGUACCCAAGCGCUGCAAUGACAUGAUGACCCUGGGGAGACUUCGGGGGUUUGAGGGGAAACUGACUGCUCAGGGGAAGCUCUUGGGCCAGGACACAUUCUGGGUCACAGAGCCUGAGGCUGGCGGCCUGCUCUCCUCCCGGGGUCGAGAGAGACGUGUCUUCCUCUUUGAGCAAAUCAUCAUCUUCAGCGAGGCCCUGGGAGGAGGAGUACGAGGUGGAACGCAGGCUGGAUAUGUGUACAAGAGCAGCAUCAAGGUGAGCUGCCUGGGACUGGAGGGGAACCUCCAAGGUGACCCUUGCCGCUUUGCACUGACCUCCAGAGGGCCAGAGGGUGGGAUCCAGCGCUAUGUCCUACAGACUGCAGAUCCUGCGGUCAGUCAGGCCUGGAUCAAGCAAGUGGCUCAGAUCCUGGAAAGCCAGCGGAACUUUCUCAAUGGUGAAGCUCUCACCCUCCCUCCCCCACAUGUUCCUUCGGCCCUUUGACCUCCUGAAUCCCUCCCUCACUGCCUAGUCUCCAAUCCCUGCCC